AUGAUGAAAUUGAGUUUGCUGCUGGCAUGUCUGGCUGUUGCUUUGGCAGAAAAGCGUGUUCCCCAACAUGGGCUUAUACAUCAAAUUCAAAAGGGUGUGGCUGGUCCCAAUCCCUACAUUUUCCUAACUGUACCUAAAGGUCGUUCCCAGGCUUUGGUACAGGGCUUUGAGGUGAUUGAAGAGAAUGAUAACAAAACUGAUAAUAAAAAACCUAUUGAUGAAAACGAUGAUGAGGAAGAAGCCGAUAAUGAUGAAGAGAAUAUGUCAGAAGAUACUGAUGAGAAUGACGAUGAUGAUGAUGACAAUGACGAUGUACAAAUGGAUGAUGAUAAUGAUGUAGAUAACGAUGAAGAAGAAAUCAAGGAUUCUUUAGAAAAGAAUACUGAAGAGUAUGAUGAUGCUGAUGAUAACGAAGAUGAUGAUGACGAUGAUCUAGACAAUGUCAUGAACAUGAAUUUAAAAUUGAGAAAGUCUCAUCCCCAAUUCAAGGAAGCCAAAUCCACCCAAAUGAUGGUGUCCCGUGAACAUGCCGGUGCCAUUUUGGUGCCCGAUCAGAUCAUCGAAAUUGAGGGCCAAAGCGUCAUUGAUGAAAAUACUGGUAAACCAGCUUUGUUAUUGCCACGCGCCAUUUUAGACUCCAUACCCGAUGGUAGUGUUGUAGCCUUAAUGGAACGCUCUGCUGAGGAUGAAACCGACGCUGAGGCUGAGGCACGUGCCAACCGAGUCAUUGUCAGACGUCGCCGCAAGGGUGCCCGUCGCAAUAUCAAACGCCGUCGUGGUGGCAACAAUCGUCGUGUUGUCAACAGACGUAUUGUCAAAAGACCCGCUGUUAACAGACGUGGUGUAAAUAGACGCGGCGUAAACCGUCGCGUUGUAAAGAAACGUGGUGGCAACAAGCGUGGUGGCAACAAACGCCGUCGUAACAACAAACGCAAUAAUGUACGUGUAGUACGUCGUGGUAAUCGUCGUGGCGUCAACAAACGCCGCGUCAAUCGUCGCCGUGUUUCCCCCUAUGCCUAG